CUCACUCCCACGCGGCCACACCGCCUACUCUGUUCUCCUCCCCACCACUGCCGCAGCACCGAGAACCAUGGCCGCCACGUCGCCCUUCUCCUCGUACCCCCCUCGCCUACACUCCAAAACCUUGAAGCCUCGUCAUUCUCGCCCGCUCCACCACAAGGCCGCGCCCGCCGCCUCCGCCCCGCGUCCGCUACUCCUCUCCUUCCCCGCGCCUGCACGCCACUGCGGUGCUGGGCUCCGCGCUUCAGCGGCGCAGAAAAACUCUGCUGAUUACAAGUUCGAUGAAGACGACGACGACGACGAGGAGGAGGAGUACGAAUACGACGGCGAAGAGGAGGAGUGGGAGGAGGAGGAUGAUGAGGAUGCGAUGAACGUGGAGGCGAUGGAGGAGGAAGCCCGUGGCGCCGCUGCCGACCUCGCCAAACGCCUCGCUCGGGAGCUCCACAUCGAUGAUGAUGUCAGGGAGAAACGAAGAAACAUCAGGGAUAAGACAUCUGUGUCUAAACACAUUCCAGAUAAUCUUCUUCCAAAGGUGGCAAUUAUUGGUAGGCCGAAUGUUGGUAAAUCUGCACUCUUCAAUCGUCUUGUCGGAGGCAAUAGGGCUAUAGUUGUUGAUGAACCUGGUGUGACAAGGGACCGCUUAUAUGGACGAUCUUAUUGGGGUGAUCAUGAGUUUAUGGUUAUUGAUACUGGUGGGGUAAUUACUUUGUCAAAGUCUCAAGCAGGUGUAAUGGAAGAACUUGCCGUCACCACUACUGUUGGUAUGGAUGGGAUUCCUCUCGCCACUAGAGAAGCUGCUAUUGCAAGGAUGCCAUCAAUGAUUGAAAAACAAGCAGUUGCAGCUGUUGAUGAAGCAUCCGUCAUACUAUUCGUUGUGGAUGGUCAGGCUGGUCUUGUGGCAGCUGAUAUAGAGAUUUCUGAUUGGUUACGACGCAACUACUCUGACAAGUGUAUUCUACUUGCUGUCAAUAAGUGUGAAUCUCCACGGAAAGGGCAAAUGCAAGCAUUAGACUUUUGGUCACUCGGGUUUUCUCCUCUGCCAAUUUCUGCUAUCACUGGCACAGGAACUGGAGAUCUCCUUGACCUGGUGUGUUCAGAGUUGAGAAAAUUUGAGGUAUUGGAUGCCGUUGAAGAAGAGAAAAAUAAGGUUCCUGCUAUUGCCAUUGUGGGAAGACCAAAUGUGGGUAAAAGUAGCAUUCUAAAUGCUUUGGUUGGAGAAGAUAGAACUAUUGUCAGCCCAGUUAGUGGGACAACACGUGAUGCCAUUGAUACUGAGUUUACUACAGCAGAUGGGGAGAAGUACAAACUCAUUGAUACUGCUGGGAUCCGGCGCAGGACAGCAGUUAUUUCUGCUGGCAGCACAACCGAAUCACUUUCGGUAAAGCGUGCAUUUCGAGCAAUUCGGCGCUCUGAUGUGGUUGCCCUUGUUAUUGAAGCAAUGGCCUGUGUCACAGAGCAGGAUUAUAAAAUUGCAGAGAGGAUUGAAAAAGAAGGAAAGGCUUGUGUCAUUGUUGUGAACAAAUGGGAUACAAUCCCAAACAAGAACCACGAGAGUACAACACAUUAUGAACAAGAUGUAAGAGAAAAGCUUCGCAUACUUGAUUGGGCACCUAUUGUCUACUGUUCUGCGACAAAUGGCACCAGUGUUGAAAAGAUAAUUUCUGCUGCUGCUUUGGUUGAGAAGGAAAGGUCUAGAAGACUCAGCACCUCCAUUCUUAAUCAAGUUAUUAGAGAAGCUAUAGCAUUCAAAUCACCACCAAGAACAAGAGGUGGCAAAAGAGGUCGUGUCUAUUAUACAACACAGGCUGCCGUCGGUCCACCAACAUUCGUUCUAUUUGUAAAUGAUGCGAAGCUCUUCCCUGACACGUACCGCCGUUACAUGGAAAAGAAACUCCGGUCAGACGCCGGUUUUCCAGGCACCCCUAUUCGGUUACUGUGGCGUAGCAGAAGGCGGCCAGACAAACGAGGUAAAUCUGCUGACAGUAGAGCGCAGAGCCCAGGAACCCCUAGUGAAGUGGCUCUAGCCGCCUAACUAAACCGCGGCCUCCAGAAAUGCUCGCCACAGAUCAGCUCGACCACUGGGAAUGGAAUUCUAUCGAGGCGGCGGCAGUUGCUUGCUCCAAGAACCUGGAUCGGCUGAGGAGCUAGCUGUUCAUGGAGUAGCGCUCUCAUGUUCGGGCCUUGGAGAUUUUGUUGCGUCUAUAUACUACUAGUACGGAUCAGACGGAGAAAGCACAUUGGGCCAAUGAAUGAAUAGUCACACUUCACCGACAGAGCUCCAAGCACGCUUUUUCCACAGCGCUCUUGGAACAUGUAAGAUUGUACCGAAAGAAUGGCGUUAGAAUGACCAUGUAAAUGUAAUCGUAGACUGAGUUCUCGG